UGUUUUUCCCUCUUAGCUCAGCCAAUACUUAUCAUGGAGUACCUGUGGCGAGGUGACUUGCUGGGCUAUCUCAGAAAAUCCAGGGGUGUUUUCGACCAAUAUCAUCAUGGAGUCGGAAGGGUCGACCACUUGACAACGUAUGACAUGGUGCUGUUUGCUAAACAGAUCGCACAUGGUAUGACUUUCCUCGCGUCCAGAGGGGUAAGUGCUCGAACUCUUCCGGGUUGUGGUCCUGCAUGUGUUAAAAUGGCAUGACUUGCAAUUCAUGAGUAGAAUACGCUGUACGGCUAAAAAGAUCCAGCACAUUAGAAUCACUAUUCCACCGAGAAAUGGUCUUACAUGACCAUGACGUUAAACUUUCUACCUAUAUUUUAUUUUUUUAUUCUAUGUAGUUUAUCAAAGUCCCUUUUACCAGAUCAUGUCAUUUUUUUUUCGAUUUCAGAUAAUUCAUCGCGAUCUUGCAGCUCGUAACAUCCUUCUUGACGAGCAUCGUGUCUGCAAGUUGACUGACUUUGGGCUCUCUUAUCAGGAUUUCAAAUACGGCCCAGGAAAUGCCAAGAGGGUAAUUUUCAAAAUUUUUAAUCAUUAAGUCAAUUGGUUUUGGGGCAGCUAGUAUGGAAGAUAAAAAUGUGAAGAAUUAAAAUAUUACUGUCCUCACAAACCUUUCUUUUCAGUUAUACAGUUUUACUGCAAACAUAUUUCCCUUCAAUGGGAAGCCGUUCUAAGCGUAUCGAAACUUUCACAGAAGAAAAUUGUACCUAGGGAGUGAACACAGGAAAUAAGAAAGCUGGAAGAGAUAUCGUUCUCUGAAUAGCAAAGAUACAAAAUCGAAAGGCAAAGAAACAGGAGAUUUAAAGGAAAAGGAGUGUGUGAAUUAUUUAUACAGAAUUUGUACAGAGGUGUCUACUGCUCUUGACUUUCUCAUGAAUCCGUACAUCACAGUUUUAAUCUUAUAUGCAAAAUAUUUUAGAAGUUGUAUACAAGCCUCUUUAGAUUUCAGACGUUUAUAGUAUUUUGGUUACUCAUCCAGGGCUGUAUCCCAAUCAAAUGGACUGCACCCGAGAUUCUCUUUGGACAUGUGGAACAGCUGUCAACCAAAAGCGAUGUGUACGUACUAUAUUGGUUA